AUGCAGGCGGUGUCUAAGCUCAUCUUCGGGCCGUCACAGGAAGAGAGGGUAAAAAAGGUGCAGUCACAACUGCGGUCUGAGCAGCGGGCACUCGACCGCGAGAUGCGCCAGAUCGACCAAGGCUCCAAUAAGACCAAAGCAGAGAUCAAGAAGCUGGCCAAAAAGGGGGAUGUCAAGAAUGCAAAGAUCCUCGCGAGGGAAGUCGUGCGAGCGCAAAAGCAGAAAAACCGUCUCGCAGUGUCCAAGGCGCGACUCAACAGUAUACACAUGCAGCUGCAGCAUCAGCUAGCGAUGUACAAAGUGACGGGGAGCAUGCAGAAGUCGACUGAGAUCAUGAAGCUCUCGAACCAGCUCGUCAAACUACCAGAAGUGUCGGCGGUGAUGCGCCAGAUGAGCGCAGAGAUGACAAAGGCCGGUAUCAUGGAAGAGAUAAUGGAAGACACACUAGACUCGGGCGUGCUCGGCGAGGACGAAGACGAAAUGGAAGAAGAAGCGCAGGAAGAAGUUGAUAAGGUCCUCUACCAGCUCACCGAUGGCAAGCUCGGUCAAGCCAGCACCACCGACCACUUGCCCGACCUCGCCAUCGAAGACCCAAAGCUCAACGAAGAGCAAGAGCAGCAAGACAUGCAACGCAUGCAGGCCGCCCUCGACGGUCUUCUCCGUGGCUGA